UAUUAUUAUUAUUAUUUUUUACGACUUGGGGAAAACGAAUGGUUACAGGAAUGCGAUCUAAAAUUCGCCUCGUGGUCUCACGACGCUACGGAAAUCGAUCUGGGGCUCAACACGGACAAGGGUGAUCUGAGUAGCUACAUGAACAACAGCGAGUUCGACCUUCUGGACAUGAUCGCGAUAAAGGAGGUCAUCACCUUUCCAUCCAAUCCACUUGCAAAAUGGCCUACAAUAGUUGUACGUAUCAAAAUGCAUCGUCGGCCGCUCUUCUAUAUUUUCAACCAUAUCAUUCCAUGUGUUCUGAUCUCUUCAAUGGCCGUGUUAGGAUUUCUAAUGCCACCAGAAACUGGAGAGAAAAUCAAUAUGAUCAUCACAACUCUUCUCAGUAUGGGUGUUUAUCUGCAAUCGAUUACGGAAUCAAUUCCACCCACUUCAGAAGCUGUGCCAUUGAUUGGCAUGUACUACGUAUCCUCAUUAUUUAUGGUUUGUCUAGCGACUUGUGUGAAUGUCAUCACGCUCAAUAUGCAUCGAAAUGGGGCUGCUAAUCAGGGCAGGCAUGUGCCAUGUUGGAUGGAAAAAUGGGUCCUUGGCUAUUUGGCAUCACUUAUGCGGAUGUCUAUUCGCGAACCGGAUAGUGUAGCGCUACUGAAAAUAGCACAGACUAAGAAGUCGAUGAUACGGCGGAGUUCGAUAUUGCGGGAUCUGAAACGUAAUCAAAAAUCUCGACCAUAA